GUUACGCUCUCCAUCUAACUACGCGAGGUACGCUCGCGCCGUCGGAAAGAAAACCCUCUCCCAUCUGACUGUCUUUCUCUAUCUUUCUGCCUUCUGUGUCUCCCGAUCCCUCUUCUACCUGUCUUUCCCUCUGUCAAGCUGACUCUCCUCACGCGCAAGACAGCAGUUUGGGCUUGGGAAGUGCUGAGGUGAGAUAAUCAAACUAGACUUAAACAGAUCAGACUAUGACGCAUACUUCUCAUAUGAUCAGCUACUCGAGAAAGUUACAGAAUGCUCAGAACAUUCUCCGGCACGAGCCUGCAAUUUUGUUCCGUUGCUUUUCUAAAGAUGCUGGUGCCUGUGGCGAUAAAGGAGAUGGUCUUGUAAGCACUCACUGCCAUGGUCCCACAACUGGUAAGAGUGAGGGUGUUUACAACUUUCCCGUUGGCAGCACUUUGAGUACAAUCAAGAGCUUCAGCUACUGUUCUCGAGCAAAAGAUUUUGGCCCCUUCAAGAUGCCACUAGGGGGGUUUGAGGGUAAUUUUUCAAGAACAGUAACCAAAAUGGGCAUCCCAAUGGCUGGCACGGGGUUAAACAGGGCAUCUUCAUGUCUACAGGCAUCUGCUAGAAGAGGUUUUUCUUCUGAUUCUGGUCUUCCUCCACACCAAGACAUUGGAAUGCCGUCUCUCUCUCCAACGAUGACGGAGGGAAACAUUGCACGGUGGUUGAAGAAAGAGGGAGAUAAGAUUUCUCCUGGUGAAGUACUAUGUGAAGUUGAAACUGAUAAAGCAACUGUGGAGAUGGAAUGCAUGGAGGAAGGCUAUCUUGCUAAGAUAAUACAGGGUGAUGGUGCAAAAGACAUAAAAGUUGGUGAGGUGAUUGCUGUAACUGUGGAAGAAGAGGAGGAUAUUGCGAAAUUCAAGGAUUACAAACCUUCGGCAUCGGGUGAUGCUGGAGCUAAAGAGACAUCCACUUCUACCCCACCCAAAAAAGAGGAAUCUCAGCCUGUUAGUUCUCCUACACCAAAGACUCCAAAGCCAGAUGAAAGUCCUAAAGCAGAAGAUCGCAUUUUCGUGAGCCCUCUUGCAAGAAAAUUGGCACAAGACCACAAUGUACCACUUUCAAGCAUUAAAGGUACUGGUCCCGAUGGGCGCAUUGUCAAGGCUGAUAUUGAAGAUUACUUGGCUUCUAGCGUGAAGGGUACCCCCACACCAGCAUCCAAGGGAACAACAACUCAAACAUUAGAUUACUUAGAUAUUCCAGUUUCUCAGAUAAGAAAAGUCACAGCUUCUCGAUUGCUGCUAUCGAAACAAACUAUUCCUCAUUACUAUUUAACGGUAGACUCUUGUGUCGACAAACUUAUGGAUUUACGGAGCCAACUAAAUUCCCUACAAGAAGCCUCUGGCGGGAAGCGGAUUUCUGUCAAUGAUCUUGUAAUAAAGGCUGCUGCUUUGGCUCUUCGCAAAGUUCCUCAGUGCAACAGUUCUUGGACGAAUGACUACAUUCGACAGUUCCACAAUGUGAAUAUCAAUGUAGCUGUACAAACAGAAAAUGGACUCUUCGUCCCUGUAAUCAGGGAUGCAGAUAAGAAAGGGCUAUCUAAAAUUGCCGAAGAGGUUAGGCAUUUGGCCCAAAAAGCCAAAGAUAACAGCCUAAAACCUGAAGAUUAUGAGGGAGGCACAUUCACUGUGUCAAAUUUGGGAGGCCCCUCCGGAAUUAAGCAGUUCUGUGCCAUUAUCAAUCCUCCUCAAGCUGCUAUUCUGGCCAUUGGAUCUGCUGAAAAGAGGGUGAUCCCUGGUGUGGGCCCUGAUCAAUUUGAGUCUGGUUCCUUCAUGUCUGCCACAUUAAGCUGCGACCACCGCGUAAUUGAUGGUGCUAUUGGUGCAGAGUAUUUAAAGGCAUUUAAAGGCUACAUCGAGAAUCCACAUUCCAUGUUGCUCUAAAUCAUUGAGAGGUGUUCCUGUAUCAGCAUUUUUGUAGCAUUCGAUUCAAAUAAGGGGCUCUUGAUGCGAUUCAUUUCCGUUUUUUUUCUCCCUGCCCCCGCAACUUGUCAUUUAUUUUGGGGCCUUUGCUAUAAUCCCCUCUAUUCUGCUUGAGAGUAGAAAGUGUCUACUUAAGAAUAUGAUCUGAUAUGAUUGAUGGUUAAUUGAGUCCCCACCCUGAAA